UGCUGCCGGAGCGGGGCUCAGCCCGGGCGUUCCCCGGGCCGCCAUGGGCGGCAGGAUCGAGUGCGUCUUCUUCAGCGAGUUCCACCCCACGCUGGGGCCCAAGAUCACCUACCAGGACGGCCAUGGAGAAGAAGCUGAUCGGCUGCCCCGUGUGUAUCGAGCACAAGAAGUACAGCCGAAAUGCUCUGCUCUUCAACCUGGGCUUUGUGUGCGAUGCCAGAGCCAAGGCCUGUGCGCUGGAGCCCAUAGUGAAGAAGCUGGCUGGCUACCUUACCACCCUCGAGGUGAGGCCCAAGCCAACUCGAGCAGAGUCUGGCUGCCUCAUGAUCCCCCCCCACAGAGUCACUGGUGUCCUGGUGCACGUUGUGGGUCACUGGGCGUUGCUGGGCUGGAAAGUGGCUUCAUCUCCAACGAGGAGAGUAAACAGAAGCUGGUUCCUAUCAUGACCAUCCUGCUGGAGGAGCUGAACGCCAAAGGAAAGUGCACCCUGCCCAUAGAUGAGUCAAACACAAUCCACCUGAAGGUGAUCGAGCAGCGCCCGGACCCCCCAAUCGUGCAGGAGUACGAUGUCCCCGUCUUCACACAAGACAAGGACGACUUCUUCAACUCCCAGUGGGAUCUCACCACACAGCAGAUCCUGCCCUACAUUGAUGGCUUUCGGCACGUCCAGAAGAUUUCUGCAGAAGCCGACGUAGAGCUGAACUUGGUGCGCAUCGCUGUGCAAAACCUGCUGUACUACGGGGUCGUCACGCUCGUCUCCAUACUUCAGUACUCCAACGUCUACUGCACCACACCAAAGGUCCAGGACCUGGUGGAUGACAAGUGUCUCCAGGAAGAGUGUCUGUCCUACGUCACCAAACAAGGGCACAAGCGAGCCAGUCUCAGGGACGUCUUCCAGCUGUACUGCGGGCUGAGCCCUGGCACGACGGUGCGAGAUCUCAUCUCCCGCUACACCCUGCAGCUCCAGAGGGUGGAUGAGAGGAGGCUUAUCCAGUUUGGUUUGAUGAAGGGCCUUAUCCGGCGGCUUCAGAAAUACCCCGUCAAGGUCGCCCGGGACGAACGGAGCCACCCAGCCCGGCUGUACACGGGCUGCCACAGCUACGACGAGAUCUGCUGCAAGACCGGCAUGAGUUACAAGGAGCUGGACGAGCGGCUGGAGAACGACCCCAACAUCAUCGUGUGCUGGAAGUGACGGCGGGGGUGGCAGCCGGGGCCCGCGUGUCUCCCCCACGCGUCCCCCGUGGGU